CUAAAAUCUUAAAAUUAUUUUGGAAAAAUAAAAUAAUUAUAAUUAAUGUAUAAGAAAUAGAAAAUGAAAAUGAAAAACUCGGUAAAACGCGCCGGGUCGAGUUGAGAGUCUCACCCAGUAAUUCAACCGCGACUCACGACGAUUCCUAAGCGAUUUUCGCCUCCGCCGCCUACAACCGAACGAUUCCGGCGCCAUCGAUCUUUCACCACCUGUAGAACUUUCUCUAUCGUGUAGUCCACUUCGAUCUGGAUCGGCUUCCGUAGAGGCUGUAUUGUAAUCCAUGAAGUUGAUGGUGCUUUUGUUAUCCAACAUUGGACCCUUGAUUUUCGUCAGACAACUGCGUUAAAAAUUGUUACAAAGUAUUUCUUAUUGUUGACCGUAUUCAAUGAGACAAAAGGUAUAGUUGUGAGAUAGCUCUGAUUUGGAUGUAAUGGCUCCAAUACGUUCCACUGGAUUUGUUGAUCCCGGUUGGGAUCAUGGCAUUGCUCAAGAUGAGCGCAAAAAGAAGGUUAGAUGUAAUUACUGUGGGAAAGUUGUUAGUGGUGGGAUAUACAGAUUAAAACAGCAUUUAGCUCGAGUUUCUGGUGAAGUAACGUACUGUGAAAAGGCUCCAGAGGAAGUCUACCUUAAAAUGAAGGAAAAUCUGGAAGGGUGUCGUUCCAAUAAGAAACAAAAGCAGGUUGAUGCCCAGGCAUAUAUGAAUUUCCACUCUAAUGAUGAUGAAGACGAUGAAGAGCAAGUUGGGUGUAGAAGUAAAGGGAGGCAGUUGAUGGUGGAAAGGAACGUGUCUGUAAAUUUGACUCCUCUUCGAUCUUUAGGAUAUAUUGACCCGGGGUGGGAACAUGGUGUUGCUCAGGAUGAGAGAAAGAAAAAAGUUAAAUGCAGUUACUGUGAGAAAGUUGUCAGUGGAGGUAUUAAUAGGUUUAAACAACAUUUGGCUAGAAUUCCUGGAGAGGUAGCACCUUGUAAAAGUGCUCCAGAAGAAGUUUAUCUUAAAAUUAAAGAUAAUAUGAAAUGGCAUCGCACUGGAAAGAGACAUAGGCAUCCUGAGGGUAAGGAACUGCUGGCUUUCUACUCGAAGUCCGAUAAUGAUGAUGACGAAUACGAGCAACCGGAGGAUACUUUGCAUCAUAUGAACAAGGAAGCUUUGAUUGAUAUUGAUAGGAGAUACUCCAAAGAUACAGAAAAGACCUUCAAGGGAAUGUCCACUGGCCCAGAACCAGUGUUGAGAAGAUCGAAAUUGGAUAGUUUUUACCGGAAACCUCCCACGAAUCAGACUCCUACAACUUACAAACAUUUAAAAGUUAAGACAGGGUCGUCCACAAAGAAAUUACGCAAGGAAGUUAUUUCCUCGAUAUGCAAGUUCUUUUGCCAUGCUGGAAUCCCUUUACAGGCUGCUGACUCCAUAUAUUUUCAUAAAAUGCUGGAAAUGGCUGGUCAAUAUGGACAAGGACUGGUAUGCCCGCCCAGCCAAGUUAUUUCUAGUCGCUUUUUGCAGGAGGAAAUCAAUUCCAUUAAGAAUUACCUUAUUGAAUAUAAGGCUUCCUGGGCAAUCACUGGUUGUUCUGUACUGGCUGAUAGUUGGAGAGAUACCCAGGGUAGGACAAUUAUAAACUUUCUUGUUUCGUGUCCUCACGGUGUAUACUUUGUUUCAUCAGUUGAUGCCACUAAUGUCGUAGAAGAUGCACCAUAUUUAUUUAAGCUUCUGGACAAAUUAGUGGAAGAAAUAGGUGAGGAAAAUGUAGUGCAGGUAAUCACUGAAAAUACUCCUAACUAUAAAGCUGCAGGGAAAAUGCUUGAAGAGAGGAGAAGAAAUUUGUUUUGGACUCCUUGCGCUACCUACUGUUUUAAUCAAGUGCUUGAAGAUUUCAUGAAGAUAAAAUUUGUAGAAGAGUGCAUGGAAAAGGGCCAAAAAAUUACAAAACUAAUAUACAAUCAAAUAUGGUUGUUAAAUCUUAUGAAAAGUGAAUUUACCCAGGGAAAGGAUCUUCUUAGACCAGCCGGCACCCAGUGUGCUUCUAGCUUUGCUACAUUGCUGAGUUUGUUGGAUCAUCGAGUUAGUCUCCGACGAAUGUUUCUUUCAAACAAAUGGAUGUCAUCCAGGUUCUCCAGCUCAAGUGAGGGGAAAGAGGUGCAAAGAAUUGUUCUGAAUGUUACAUUUUGGAAGAAAAUGCAGUAUGUGAGGAAGUCAGUGGAACCCAUUUUGCAAGUGAUUCAAAAGCUGUCUAGUGGCGAGAGCUUGUCAAUGCCAUUUUUAUAUAACGACUUGUACAGGGCAAGACUUGCAAUCAAAUUUGGUCUUGGCGAUGAUGCACGUAAAUAUGAACCAUUCUUGAAGGUGAUAGACAGGCAUUGUAACUCUCUGUUCUGUCAUCCUCUUUACAAGGCUGCUUACUUCUUGAAUCCAUCAUACCGAUACCGUCAGGAUUUUGCUGCGCAUUCUGAGGUAGUACGAGGGCUGAAUGAAUGCAUUGUUCGGCUAGAUCUAGAUAGUAUGAGACGAAUAUCUGCAUCAAUGCAAAUUGCUCAUUAUAAUUCUGCACAAGAUGAUUUUGGAACUGAAUUGGCAAUUAGCACAAGAACAGAUCUUGAACCAGCUGCUUGGUGGCAACAGCAUGGAAUAAGUUGCUUAGAGUUGCAAAGAAUAGCCGUGCGUAUAUUAAGUCAGACAUGCUCAUCUUUUGCAUGUGAGCAUGAUUCAAGUAUGUAUGAUCAGAUAUAUAGCAAAAAGAAAAACCGCUUAUCUCAGAAGAAACUUAACGACAUUAUGUACGUUCACUAUAACUUACGCCUUAGAGAAUGCCAAGUAAGGAAAAGGUCCAGGGAGUCAAAGUCAACAUCUGUUGACAAUGUUUUACAAGAGCAUUUACUUGGUGACUGGAUAGUUGAUACCGCUGCACAAAGCUCCGAUGUUGAUAAGAAUAUCCCUUUCGGAGUUGAAUUAGACGACGAAUAUGAAAAUGAUUCAAUUGACUAUGAAGAUGGUGGAGCUGCAAGACAUCUAAAGGGUUCCCUUGAACUGAUGACUAUGGCUGACGGAGCAGUAGGAUCAUCAGAUGCAGAUCAUGCUAACAUCGAUGGAGCCACUGACGAUGAGUCGGAUCUGAAUUAUUUUGACGAUGAUUUAAGCGACUAAUCAAGUUACGGCAAUUGGUUGCUGGUUAUGAACAUGUUUUGCUACUUCCCUGUGAAAAAUCAAGAUCUUGCUGCGUACAACGAUGCUCGACUUUAUGUAUCGGAGUAUUGUUGAUAUUCAAUUUGAAACUGAAGGUGUUCAGAUCUUCCAUUUGAGUUGGCCUGUAGCUAAUCUGACUCAAUGAUGUUUAUUGUAAGAUGAAUUUUGAUAUUGAAUUAUGUACAAAUUAAUAGAUUUAUGUGAUCAGAAAUUACAUAGAUUUUAACUAAUUUUUAGAUUUCAUUAAGUUUUUGUGCACUGCACUGUUGAUAAAGGUUUUUAACAAGGCAUAGUCUCUAAGAUGUUGG